AUGUCCCUCCAACACACACCUCCAAACAAAUUCGCCUCAGACACAAACAUACCUACAUCGGUGUGCCUGGAAGAUGAUGCCUUCAUACUGAGUGUACGCAAACGUAAAAAACAACCCGACAGUGACGACACACAGGAGAGGUUAAGCAAACAGCUUUCAGAGCAGGAAUCCAAAAUUACAGACUGCAUAACGGCAGCAGUGAACUCCGCGUUGGAGAGAGAGAUGUCUAAGGUUUCGACUUUAUUAACAGAAAUCAAUGCCAACGUCAUGAAACUGACCACCGAUAACAUCUCAAUCAACAAAACCCUCUCGGAAACUAACAACAGACUGAGCGAAAUGGAGAAAUACUUGAACUUUUCUUCGGACCGCCAGGAUUCAUUUGAGAGUCGCCUAAAGGUUAUAGAGGAGAAGAACACUAGUACGACUGGGCUGGAAAAUCAAAUUAUAACACUUGAAAACCAGAUGUCAAGAUUGGAGCAACAGGCCAGACAGUGUAAUAUUGAAAUAGCUAACUUGCCCGAGCGGCGUGGAGAAAACCUUAUUAGCAUCCUUGAAAACCUGGGUGACGUCAUCAAACAGCCGAUCCGAGCCUGUGACAUCGUUGCCGUCCACCGUGUGCCACAUGCUGACUCGGGCAAUCGCUUUCCUAAGAAUGUCAUAGCUAAAUUCACCAAUAGGACCCUCCGCGACAACAUAAUCUCGGCAUACCGCUCCACAAAGGGGCUGGACUCGAGUAAACUUUCAAUGAGCGGUACUCCAGCUAGAAUUUACAUCAACGAGCACCUUACUCUAAACAAUAAAAUAUUGUUUCGACAGUGCCGGGAGGCAGCAAAAAAGGAAGGAUUUAAAUACGUCUGGGUCAAACACGGCAGCAUCCUGGUGCGCAAGUCGGAUACCUCCCCGGUCUCCUCCAUUCGGUCAAUCGCUGACAUCAGUAAAAUUAAGUAA